CCACAAAACCCACUUCCUUACCAGCAAAUAGAAAAUAGUGAGAACAUGAACACACUGUCAGCUUCGAGCCCUGAAGGAGAGAGCUGCCUUUGCUUCUGGCAAACAUGAAGUCAGACUUCUGGUAUUUCUUUCUCCUCUGCUUCCAAGUUGAAGUUCUCACAGGAGAAUUCAAUGAUUCUGCCAAGUCUGAGAUGUUUAUAUUUCACAAUGGAGGUGUACAGAUCUUAUGCAAAUACCCUGAUAUUGUCCGACAAUUUAAAAUGCAGUUGCUGAAAGGGAAGAACACGCUCUGUGAGCUCAGUAAGACACAGGAAAGCGGAAACACGGUCUCCAUUAAGAAUCCGAACUUCUGUCAAUUUGAAUUAUCCAAUAACAGUGUCUCUUUUUUCCUGUAUAACUUGGAUAGUUCUCAUGCCAGCUAUUACAUCUGCAAACUAUCAAUUUUUGAUCCUCCUCCUUUUCAUAUAGAUAUACUAAGCAGAGAAUAUUUGAAUAUUUAUGAAUCACAGCUUUGUUGCCAGCUGAAGUUCUGGUUACCCAUAGGAUGUGCAGCUUUUGUUGUAGUCUACAUUUUUGGAUUCGUCCUGACAUGUUGGCUUACAAAAAAGAAGUACCGCUCCAGCGUGCACGACCCUAACAGUGAGUACAUGUUCAUGGCUGCAGUGAACACCGCGAAGAAGCCUAGACUCGCAGAUGUGACCCCUAAUUUGGAACUCUCUGGCACCCAGGCAUGAACCACAUCGGCCAGUUCCCUCCAACUUGAAGAGCAAGAUUCCCUCACGUCCUGGACCACAGAGAGUCUGACUUGAUUUGACUACAUAUGGUCUCCUGUUGGUGUUUUGUUCAAUCUGGAUCAGUGACUAUAUCAGUCCGCAGGGAUUUUAACAGACUGCCUCAGUACUGUUGGGUUCUCUCAAAACAAAUACCCUCUCGCGACUAGCUUUACAGAAAGCCCCGCUCAUGUGUGCUCAACAAACAGACCUCACUGGGAUGGAAUCCCUGUCUUCACAUCUGCUUCUAGCAAUGCACCAGCCAGUAAAACAAACACAUCUACAAAAAUGUUUCAAAGAUGCCAAGGGUAUUGAAUCUGCAAAGCAAAUGGGCAGGCGAAGGCCAGAAUCUGUCUGCAUUUCACUAACAGACUACCUCUUCUUCCCAUAGGGAUGAGCAUUUCUUUUCCACUCAGACACUGGAGGGAGAUGUUUCAAAUCUGUAGUUAUUUUAUUUUAAGUUGUGGACGCGUAACUAUAGCAUACUAGUACCUUUGUACACGGCUCUCUUCUCCCAGUUUCUGAACCCCAGUUGAUCACUGCACCUAGAGUUUAGAAGCCUUCUUCUGCCCUCAAUUUUCCUUUUAAAAAUACUUCCACGUAACUAUUUGACAGACACUCUGAGUAGGGAGCUGCAUCUACAUUUUUUUCCUUCUGCUGCUCAAUUAUAUAUAUUGCUGCAGCCUGAUGAAUAUAACUUGCCUACAUUCUCCAUAAACAAGCAUAUUUACUCCAGAAUGACAUCUUAUUCCCCCAAAUUCAGUUAAAGUGGUUUACUUUGCUGACUCGUUGACAUUAGGGGCAGGAAGCAUUGUCUAGAAUCAAAAGUGACUUCAUUUUAUGAUACUGGUUUCUACCAUUCUCUAUGUUUUCAUGGUGCUAUUAAUCACAAGUUAGGCUGUUUUUGUAGCUCAUGUUAAAAUUGCAAACAAAGAAACCCAUCUGUCGCUGUCAAGCCCUGUCCUGGGGGUAGAGCCCGUGACCGGUUCAGCACGAAGGCGGCAGUUCUUGGAGGUCGCUGCCAAACCACGGUCGUGCUGCUGCCUCUGGGCUUGGCAGGUUGGGAUUCCCAGAGCUGAGAGAUUCUGCUGCGCCAGGACAACCAGGUGCUCUUGCCCCCAGAGUUUGAAGUCACCCUGGGGAUCAGAGUGGGUCUGCCUGCAUUUGUACCUUCAGGAUUUGUGAAGAAGCCCAGAUGUGUCAGGAAACAUCUGCAUGAUUCCCUCUCCUAGAAACCAUUCAGCCUGGAGACUGGCCCUGGCCCCUCAAGUCAGUCUUCCUUUGAAUUUGAUUUGGUUGGAAAGAUUCUUAAGUACACGUAACAUGUGAUUAUUCUUAGCUGAAAUAUUUUCUCUAUGUCCUGUUUGCAUGCCCAAGGUUUUUGAAACAGCCAAUAUGUAUGUGAUAAUGUUUUCAAUUUAGGUCAAAUGGGAGUAUUCAGUGGUUUUAAAAUUUGUAGUUGCCUGCUUCUAGUUUACUUUAAAAGUGAGACCUGAUGUGUCAUUAUGCAUACUUAUAUUGUUUUAAGCAUGUGUAAUGCUGGAUGUGUACAGUACAAUACUGAAUUGGUAUUUUGAAUCAAGUACAGUGUUCUCGGCUUUCAGCUGACUCGGACAACCUGGCUGGCUUUGCAAAGGUGAUCCCCGAGUUGUCUGCAGCUUUCUGUGUCGGGGGCAAGUGGGGAGGACAGCCUUCGUGUGGCCCGCCUCGCCUGGUUGUCCAGGCUGUGCCCGGAAGGGCAGCCUCAUCCUUAGCACUGGACAUUUCAAAGUGAAUGAUUAAAGGCUACAAUUUCUAUGAAAUAAAAAUUGGUUUUUAGAAGAGCUAAUUAUGAAAUAGAUUUUAGCACUAGUAGGAAGCUAAAGAAUAAACAUCUGAUAUUCAGCAGUGGAAAUAUCUCAGUGCUUUCCUGGGGGCGGGUAACGAUUCCUGUGGCCAGCACUUGCUGCUCUGACCUUGUCCUCAAA